AUGGGGAAGCGGUUUUCUCGUGGCCCGGAUGGGCUUGGUGCGCCGCGGAAAAAGCAAAAGGUGGUCCAUGAAGCGCCAACAUCUGAGGAGGUGCACGCAAGCAGACAACUGCAGCAGCUGCUGGCCCCUACCCAAGACCCGGCCCGGGCGCGCCAUGGAUUGCAAUCAUUCAAGCUCUUUCUAGACGAAUUGCUCAGCUCAGACCCCCCCAACGGAGACCGGAUCCAAAUCCUGAAGGGCUAUCUGCAGUCGGCAAAGCCCGCCGACAGCGACGGUGACGAAAACCUUGUCUACCUCCCCGACAUUAUGCAGACAUGGAGCUACGCGGGUCAAACCAACAACGACAACCUCAUGUCCGCAGUCCCGGUUGUGCUCGCCCUACUCCUGAAGCUACUGUCGCAAUCCCUCGACACGGUUCCCUACGGCCUGGGCAUCUGCAGGACCCUGCUGCAGAAACGGCAGCUGGAAUUGGUUGCCCGGAAUCUCUCCGCUGACAAGGGCAAGGCCUUCAUCAUUUCUCCCACCCUGCGCAUGUUGAAGGAGGCCGUGAGCUUUGAUGGAGGCGCCAUUGCAAGGCCAUUGUUCCGAGCCAGGGGGUUCACUCUUAAAUCCUUGGCACGGAAUAUAGGCAUUGUCCACAUAGGAGAUGAGGCCGAGGAUACCAAACGCCCUUCUGCUCGCACCAAUGCUAUUCUCUUCUUCCUUGCUGCUAUCAAGUUUCUCCAGCCCGAGGCAAAGAAAGAGCUGCUUUCUCAGAGGGACAUUGUUGCCGCUCUUACACGGGAUGUCAAGCAAGAUCCCCCAUAUCUGCUCAGGGAGCUUCUUAGCGGAUUGCGUAACCACGUUUUACUGGACGAAAAAGUGCCACGGGAGGCCAAGGCGAGCUUGCUGACUACAUCGACGCUCGUUCGGCUCUCGGCUCUCUACCAAUAUCGCUCAGAUGCUCCCGCUGACGAUGAGCAGUCUAUUGCCGACAUUGCCCACGAAUUUCUGAUGACGGCGUGCACAAAUCCCGCUUGUGGUGUCCUAAGACAGGACUCUGGGUUCUACCCACGGGGAACCGAUCCGAAUGCUCCCGUGCCGACCGUUGAGCUGGAAGACUUGGGGCUGGAAUCGAUCGUCUGGAUGAACAGUUUCAAAGCAGAGGUCCCCGUUCGAAAUUAUACCCUGGCCAACUUCCUGCCAAAUCUUCGUCCGUGGUCCAGCGUCAAGCAGAGUGAACUUAUCACAUCCGUUUUUAGGGUUGCCCCUGAGCUGGUCGCCCACUAUUUUCUCAGCAACAAGUCCUUCACUUUUGAACCAAAGCUGUCAGCGACAUGGAUAGGCUAUGCCGCGUUUCUGUUCAAUACAGUCACGCUGCCCAUUCCAGACCAUUUCUGUCGUGCAUCCAGCUUUGCCGAGCUCCCCCCACCGACGUCGAUCGUUAUCGACAAUAUCCUACCGCCUCCCCUAAACCAGAAGGCACUAGCCCGGAGCCUGGCGCAGAAGUCCAGCAUGAUUUCAUUUUUUGCUACGCGGAUUCUGGUAGUGGCAAUAGAGAAGCUUGACGCUGCGAUCAAAAUGCACCAAGACCCUUCCCACUCCUAUAAGACUGUUUGGGCAGAGGCUGCGCGCAGGCUGGUCGAUGAAUUUUGCCAGCGGAGCCCUGGCGUCCAGGACAUGAUCAACGCGUACCGGGCAAUACCAGAGGGCGACGUUCUGCAUCGCGAGGCAGCAAGCAGGCUUUUGCGCCUGUGCUACGAAGUCUUACCCCAGGUUGCCCUCAUGGCCAAAUUUGAUGUCUCGCCACUCCUAGAGACCUCUCUCGGCCGUUUGUCAAAGCAAGAGGUGGGGGAUCCACGAGACGUUGCGCUUAGCUUAAAGGAGCUGGAGAAUUUGCUUGCAAUUGCUGGGUGUUCCCCUGGCAUGCGUUGGUUUGCCGCAUCGGAGGGCUUGUCGCUCUCUCCUUUCACAAUGCUACUUAAGGUCUGCGUUGAGGCUCCCUACGGAGUCGUACUGGGUACAAUACGGGAGGUGCUCAACUUCGUGGCUGUAGAGCAACAAUUAGUACCCGCCCAUGACGGUCACCCUGGCCUGGUCGUUCUCCUCGAAGCGUUACAAACACUACGGCAGACACAUCCUGAUUCAGCCGAUCAUGUCUGGGCGUUCUUAGAUAACUGCUUAACGCGGUGCGCAAACGCGCCUCUCAAAUACGUGGAGAAGAUGCAGGAGAUGAGACAAGAGGUUACGGAAACUGCCAGUCAGGACGUUUCUGAAAGUGUUGUCGUCAGUGCUGUUACCAUUGCUAUGCUGGAGCAAUUACCGUUCCUUGCAACAAAGCCGGAGGGACAGGCGGUGCUGAGGGCUCUUGGCAUCUUCCUGCCCAAAUACCUGGGUUUCUCGGCAACGGCACGAGAGAGCCGGCCACUUCUAGGCUUCGUUUUCUCCAAGAUGGCUGUACACCUUGUCGACAACAAGGGCAAACUAGCCAAGCGGGGGAUUCCCGACGGGUUGCAGUUCACAUACCAUCCCUGGCCGCCAGCUGAAGAGCCUCGACCUAGGGCAAUCAGGGAUUUAGCAACUGAACCUGAAGGGGGGAUGAGAGCGGAGGUAUUCAUGGAUGCGGAAGCCUUGAAGGGCAUGCUUUCCCUGCCUGACGGCUUGGAAGCGGACCAUUCGGCAUUGAUGAGGUGGUCUUCGAAAACGGCAGAUGAGCUCGUUGACGAAGGCUACGUUACAUCCCUCGUCGCGUUGCUUGUCUCAGAGCAUACCAGCAUAAGGAAGGAAGCACUGGUCAACAUUCUCAAAGCCGCUACCAAGAUAAAACAAUCCGAAUACGAAGAGAAAGAGCAAGUGUGGCUGCUACUUUCAGAGCUCGGUGAGACAGCCAGAGACAAGAUACACGACGGGCCGCUGCCUAGCCCAAUCGUGGCGUUUGCUUGCCACGCGCUCAAGGUCUUGCGCGACCCCCUCUCAAGCCUUUACCCCAAGGUAAAUGCCUUUCUCUUACACGGACCGUUCUGGAGUCUGGACAGGCUACCGCUCGUGGACGAGAUUCUGUCGGAGGACCCCGUGGUUGGCGAUGCAUACUACACGCAAAUCAGCUGGCUCCUGUCAUAUCUCAUCGACGGGCUGCGGACGCCGGGCGACCUUGAGUUGUUCCACAAGAAGCGUGCAAAGGGUCCUCUCUUUGAGCGCAUCCUUACUCUAGCGGCCAAUCCGUACAUGAGGCUGCCGCUGAGGACACAGCUGCUGAGAAUGCUGUAUCGUGCUACAAGCAUUGACGGGGGCAGCACCACGCUGACGACCAGAUUCGGGAUCGUGAACUGGCUCGAGGCAAGAGAGGCUGCGUGUACGGAUGCCGGUGAGAAGGCAGUAUACAGAGAGCUCCGGAGGAGGAUAUGGGAGACGAGUGACCAGGAUAGGGUCAGGGGUUGGAGUAAAGGGGGAAUUGAGGGGUGACGGUGUUAUAACUGGGCGCUGGCUGGGUUAUGUCUGGAUUUUGUCCUGCCCAAAGAGCGGGUGCCAGGAGCGGGUGCCAGGAGCGGGAGCUAGCAGAACUGGAGUGCAUCAAAUGUUAGACCCCGUUGUUCGUUGGCCUGCAAGUCUGAUACAUAAAGAGGUGCUUUGGCGCGAUACUGGGCUUGACCUGGCUAAGGAACCUGGCAGAAGGGAUACCUUAGAUACCCAAUGG